AUGCAGAACAACCACAAUAAGGAGCAUCUCUAUAAGAUCCUUGUGAUAGGGGACCUCGGGGUCGGCAAGACCAGCAUCAUCAAGCGGUAUGUCCAUCACAACUACAGCCCCAACUACCGAGCCACCAUCGGGGUGGACUUCGCUCUGAAAGUCCUCAACAGGGACCAGGAGACGGUGCGUCUCCAGCUGUGGGACAUUGCAGGUCAGGAGAGGUUUGGCAAUAUGACCCGUGUGUACUACCGCGAGGCCAUGGGCGCCUUCAUCGUGUUUGACGUCACGAGGCCCGCCUCCUUUGAGGCCGUCACCAAAUGGAAGGAGGACUUGGAUUCCAAACUGACACUUGCCAAUGGGAAAAAUGUAGCCGUCGUGCUUUUGGCUAAUAAAUGCGACCAGGGCCGGGAAGUACUGACCAAUAAUGGAAUAAAGAUGGAGCAGUUCUGCCAGGAGAACGGGUUUGUGGGUUGGUACGAGACGUCCGCUAAGGAAAACGUCAACAUCGAUGAAGCGGCUAACUGCUUGGUGAAACACAUCAUUGCCAGUGAGAAUGACAUGCUCCAAUCAGAAGUCCCGGACACCAUCACCCCCCAGUUAGAGAACGACAAAGGUGGGACAUGCUCCUCCUGCUUCAGAUCCCAGUAACAGCCCUUGACAGU